CAGCCCUCUCCCGCCAAGUCUCGCCGAGUGGGUAAUCAUGUGUGUGCCGAGGGGCGGAGCCCCCGCGAGGGUUGUGUUUUUGCCACUGGGCGUGUCCGUGUGUAUGGUUUGGUGUCUCUGGGUGUGUUUGUGUGGGCUGCCUCGGUGUGCAGCCAGACAUGUCUGUGCGUGUCUCGCUUCCCUGGGGCUGGCGGGUCCAGGGUCCCACAUGACCUAGGACACAAGGAGGGGGAGGGUUGUGUCCGAAGGUUCCUUGCAGAGGGGUGUGCAUGAGGCCAAGGGCAGUGUCACCAGGUCAGUGCACGAUGCUGGGAGGUGAUGUGCGUCACCAGGUCAGUGCAUGCCUGUGUGUCUCCACAGGAGGGUUUGAUCUGUGUCAGAGCGUAUGGUGUAGAGAUCCAUGAGUAGCUCGUGCUGCGACACAUGGUGAUGUCCUAUGUCGUGUGUCGCUCUGGGAGUCACCAUGCGCAUUCCACACUUGCAUUUGCUGUGUCUCACAUCAGGGUCCAUGUCCCUGUUGGGGGCCUCUUCCUUCUCAGCCCCCAGCACCCACCCUGCGUGCCAACCACCCCAAGUGUCUUGUGUUUGUGUAGCUGUGUGUUAUGUUGUGUCGGAGGAUACACCCCCUCCCCCGAUGCUGGUGUUGUGUGGGUGGCGGUAGACCUCAGUGUCAGUGGUAUCAGUGAGUGGUGACAUCUGGUGUUUUAUGGGACACGUGGUCGUUUGUGGAAGGUUGGGUGUGUUGGGAAACGUUGUGUCUAUGUGUUUUGUGUUACUGUGUGCUGGUGUAUUACUCCGUGUAUGUUGUUUGUGUGGCCACGCAUGUUGGAAUAUAACGUGUUGGGUUGUGUGGAGAUAUUGUAUGUCAUGUUUGAGUGUGGCUCAUGGGUCAGAGGUGAUGGUGUAUGUUGCGUUUGUUUUUUUGUUUUUGCUUGUUUUAGAGAUAGGAUCUUGCUAUGUUGCCCAGGCAGGUCUCAAACUCCUGGGCUCCAGCAGUCCUCCCACCUCAGCCUCCCAAACUGCUGGGAUUACAGGCAUGAGCCACUGCACCCAGCUGUAUGUUGCAUUUGGGCACUGGAGUCUAUGAAGGUCCAACCCCAUCCCCCUCCCCCAGGGCAUCAUCCUGGGUCGUGUCCUGUGUGGCCAGAAUAUACCAGAAUCAUCUUGCUUCAGGCAUGUGCUUCUUGGGUUUCUCUGUGUGUCGCUGUACCUUGUAGGUCUCUGCAUGCAUCCACUCAGCUUGUCCUCUGACCAUACAUUUGAGUCGCAUCACACAUUGGAACGUGCUGAAUCAGUGUGUUUUGAAUCAUCACUGCGAGCACUUGUGUUCGAGUCAACAGGCGCCACAAUGUAUGUGCAAUUCUCUAGGUGCUGGGUGAUUGGGGGCUGCUAUAGGUGUGUCCCUAAAUGUUGUGUGUCUACACGUAUUGGGUUUCAUUCCAAGGGUGUGUAGUGUUUAGGAAACUGGGACUGCACAGUGUUUGUUAAGGUGUGUGGUGUGUGGCAUCAGGGCGUCACUACUUUAAUAUAUAUUGUGUGUUUGUGUAACACCUGGUGUAUGUUGUGUUUGUGUGGCCACAGAUGUGCAUCAUCUUAUUUGUGGUGUUUGGGUGUGGCUCUUUGUGUCAGAGAAAGUUGUGACAACUUUGAGUGUAAUAUUUGUGCCUGUGUGUGGACGGUGUUUGGGUGGCUGUGUGUGCCACGGGACACUGUCUGCUUGCUAAGUGCUCGUGUGUGUCACACCAUGUGUGUGGUGUCUGGGUGUGGCUGUGGGUUUCAGAGCUUGCUGGGAGUUGUGAGUCACUCUGUGUAGGUUGUGUUGUGUGCCCUGGUGUGUUAGUCUCCGUCUUGGGCCGUGGAGUGUCCUUCGGUGUCUGGGUGUGGUGAGUGGAGGUGUGUGUCACAAGGUACAGACCAUUGUGUGUGACAAAGCCCAUCGUGUGUCUGUGUGUGUCUUUAUCCACGUGGAUGGACGUCUCUUUCUUGCUCUGCCCCAAGACACACCCUAGCCCCUCCUUAUUCUCAAAAGGGGGAGCUGGGGAGCCUCCCCCUACCCUGGGGCCUCCCCUGCCCCUCCCCGCCCUGUCUGGCCGUCACCACUCCCCAGAGGGCACAGGGCUCUGCUGUGCCUCAGAGCAAAAGUCCCAGAGCCAGCAGAGCAGGCUGACGACCUGCAAGCCACAGUGGCUGCCCUGUGCGUGCUGCGAGGUGGGGGACCCUGGGCAGGAAGCUGGCUGAGCCCCAAGACCCCGGGGGCCAUGGGCGGGGAUCUGGUGCUUGGCCUGGGGGCCCUGAGACGCCGAAAGCGCUUGCUGGAGCAGGAGAAGUCUCUGGCCGGCUGGGCGCUGGUGUUGGCGGGAACUGGCAUUGGACUCAUGGUGCUGCAUGCAGAGAUGCUGUGGUUCGGGGGGUGCUCGUGGGCGCUCUACCUGUUCCUGGUUAAAUGCAUGAUCAGCGUUUCCACCUUCUUACUCCUCUGCCUCAUCGUGGCCUUUCAUGCCAAAGAGGUCCAGCUGUUCAUGACCGACAACGGGCUGCGGGACUGGCGCGUGGCGCUGACCCGGCGGCAGGCGGCGCAGAUCGUGCUGGAGCUGGUGGUGUGUGGGCUGCACCCGGCGCCCGUGCGGGGCCCGCCGUGCGUGCAGGAUUUAGGGGCGCCGCUGACCUCCCCGCAGCCCUGGCCGGGAUUCCUGGGCCAAGGGGAAGCGCUGCUGUCCCUGGCCAUGCUGCUGCGUCUCUACCUGGUGCCCCGCGCGGUGCUCCUGCGCAGCGGCGUCCUGCUCAACGCUUCCUACCGCAGCAUCGGAGCUCUCAACCAAGUCCGCUUCCGCCACUGGUUCGUGGCCAAGCUUUACAUGAACACGCACCCUGGCCGCCUGCUGCUCGGCCUCACGCUUGGCCUCUGGCUGACCACCGCCUGGGUGCUGUCCGUGGCCGAGAGGCAGGCUGUUAAUGCCACCGGGCACCUUUCAGACACACUUUGGCUGAUCCCCAUCACAUUCCUGACCAUCGGCUAUGGUGACGUGGUGCCGGGCACCAUGUGGGGCAAGAUCGUCUGCCUGUGCACUGGAGUCAUGGGGGUCUGCUGCACAGCCCUGCUGGUGGCCGUGGUGGCCCGGAAGCUGGAGUUUAAUAAGGCAGAGAAGCACGUGCACAACUUCAUGAUGGAUAUCCAGUAUACCAAAGAGAUGAAGGAGUCCGCUGCCCGAGUGCUACAAGAAGCCUGGAUGUUCUACAAACAUACUCGCAGGAAGGAGUCUCAUGCUGCCCGCAGGCAUCAGCGCAAGCUGCUGGCCGCCAUCAACGCGUUCCGCCAGGUGCGGCUGAAACACCGGAAGCUCCGGGAACAAGUGAACUCCAUGGUAGACAUCUCCAAGAUGCACAUGAUCCUGUAUGACCUGCAGCAGAAUCUGAACAGCUCACACCGGGCCCUGGAGAAACAGAUUGACACGCUGGCGGGGAAGCUGGAUGCCCUGACGGAGCUGCUUAGCACUGCCCUGGGGCCGAGGCAGAUUCCAGAACCCAGCCAGCAGUCCACAUAGCUGGACCCACGGAGGAGGAACCAGGCUACUUUCCCCAGGACUGAGGUGGUGGACAUCGUCUCUGCCACUCCUGACCCAGCCCUGAACAAAGCACCUCAAGUGCAAGGACCAAAGGGGGCCCUGGCUUGGAGUGGGUUGGCCUGCUGACGGCUGCUGGAGGGGACGCUGGCUAAAGUGGGGAGGCCUUGGCUCACCUGAGGCCCCAGGUGGGAACAUGGUCACCCCCACUCUGCAUACCCUCAUCAAAAACACUCUGACUAUGCUGCUAUGGAUGACCUCCAGCUCUCAGUUACAAGUGGAGGCGACUGGAGGCCGGACUCCUGGGUCCCUGGGAAAGAGGGUACUAGGGGCCCGGAUCCAGGAUUCUGGGAGGCUUCAGUUACCGCUGGCCGAGCUGAAGAACUGGGUAUGAGGCUGGGGCGGGGCAGGAGGUGGCGCCCCCUGGCGGGCCAACAAAGAGGACACCAUUUUUCCAGAGCUGCAGAGAGCACCUGGUGGGGAGGAAGAAGUGUAACUCACCAGCCUCUGCUCUUAUCUUUGUAAUAAAUGUUAAAGCCA